GCCAAGAAUAUAUUAAGGCUAAUACCAGUAUGUAAAUCUCAGCACAUAGGCCUAGCAUAUUCUUUAGGUGAAAAUUGUCAACAUAGGACUCCAUUGAAAUGAGAUCUUUUAAGGUGUUAUCUGUGUUUUGGGUGUGUUAUUCGUGACUGGAUUUGACAAUUCGCCAUGUCUGUGAUACAUGUAGGAGAAUGUCGUGAAUUCCUAUCCAGGAAGUUGUUGAGAAUUUAGCCUAUCGCCAUGGACAUCGAAUUUUGUUUGACCUAGUCUCCUUGAUAAGAUUACAAGAUGUACGUCCUGCUGAUUUCGCUCCUCCUUUUCCAUACAUGUAUAGCAGAUGGCAAGGAUGUCGUGGUUGUAUAUUUUACCAGCUCAGGUGCUACCAGCGGAGCGGUCAGAGUUCGCGUCAACGGAUUACCAGUAAGCACAACAAUAAGGACGAUAUGUUGGAACAGCUCAUGGGGGAUGGAGGAGGCGAAUGUUACCUGUAGGCAGAUGGGAUUUCUAGAAGCGACCACCACUGGUAACGAUAGUGAGAAUAUUGACCCAAUCCUCUUUGACGUCCGCUGUUCGGGGACAGAGACAAACCUCGCAGACUGCAGUUACAACCUCACUGAACCCUGCCAAAGUAACCAACCUGUCAGUGUCACCUGCUUACGGAAUCCAGCCUUCAAUGGUCUCUUUGAUGUCCGUCUAAAUGGUUCUGCUGCUAAUAAGGGUAUAGUUGAGGCACGGCAGACAUAUCAAGGAAAUACAGAGCAACCGUGGUAUGCACAAUGUUACGACCUUUGGAGUAAAGAGGAUUCGGAUGUGGUCUGUAGGCAGCUUGGAUACAGCGGCGUCAAAGCUACUACAGGCAUUAGUGGUAGCCUCCCUAAUGUUUCCGCUGGAGAGCUCAAGUGUACCGGGACAGAACAGACACUGAGAGGAUGCAAGGUGAUUAAUACAUCAGAAUGCACCGACAAGACAAUAUAUACUCAAGUCGAAUGCAACCUUGAUAGUGAAACCCAGCAACCUUUUGACAUCCGUCUUACCGGUGAUAAUACAUCAGCAGGAAAUGUAGAUCUGUUGAAGUACGGCAGAUGGGGCGUCAUUUGUGAUAGGGAUGGAGAAUGGAACCUUGCAAGCGCCAAGGUUGUCUGCCGACAGCUUGGUUUUAUUGAUGCCAUCCGUGUGACAAAGCCAGCGGAGUUCGGCCAAGGCAAUGGUUCAAUACACCUGAAGAACCCCGGGUGUAAGGGAGACGAAUGGAGCAUAGAGAAGUGUCCAAAACCAUUCGGUUGGGGAGGUGAAACUAAAAAAUGCCAGACAAAGGAUACGGCAGGCGUUGUUUGCAGCCCGGAUAAAUUUCCUGCGUAUGACAUCGAUUCGACACUCUACACACCAAACGCAUCGGAAUAUUGUGGACGAUUCUUCCUUCACAGCCAAGAAUUCCCUCAGCUCUUCAACUACGAGGCGCAGACACAUCAUUUGUGCACCAUGGCCUCGAAUACCAGCAUAGAGUUUUCAAUAUACAUCCACUACAAGAGAUUCCAGGAAAACCACAGCGAAACACUAUCAUUCCAAGCCAAUGAUUCCAAGGCAACCAAUAGUACCUUCUACCGUCUCCAAAUCUAUGGAAGUGAUUCAGACCCUGGACCUUAUACAAUAAAUACCACAUCACUGACGAUGGGAUUCAAGUCGAAUGGUGCUACAGGAAGCGGAAAGUUCCGACUUGAAAUAAGAGUCCCUGCUAGCAUAGCUGUGUCUUUAAACUGCUCCAACCUUACGACAACACCAACGACAACACCAACGACAACACCAACGACAACAACACCAACGACAACAACACCAACGACAACAUCAUCAACAUCAACAACAUCGACCACAAGCGUCACUUCUCAAGGUAACCUUACCAACACGACCACUGCAUUGGUAACUAAUACCUCGACCACUCCAGUUUCCAUGACAACCGAUCAAACAAAUUCAACAGCUACCUCAGCCGUUCCGAUCUACAUUCCAAUUGUGGCCACACUGGUUCCACUGGUCGUUCUAGCUGUUGUCAUAGUCGUUUCGGUCGUCGUCAUAACAAGGAGAAGAAGAGCCAAGGCGACCACCAGGAUGAAUGCCGCACCAGAACCAGAUCCUGAUGAUUCAGGGAUAUUCGAAAUGGACCACAAAUUAAAGAAAGGCAAGAAGAAGGCAAACGCUGCCCACAUAAACGAUGGUUUUGUAGACGUUGACAUUAAAUCUAUUGCUCUAUCUAAGGAGGCUGAUUCAAAAAGUGCUGAAAUGAAGCCGGUCGUUGCUCUAAAUCCGCAGAUGAAUUGUUACGAGACGGAUGAAUCUUUUGGAAAGGGGAAUGGUGCGCAUGAAGAACCUGCUGCCGCGGCGGCCGACCCGUCGCCUACCUAUGCCGUCGUCGAUAAGCUGCGGAAGAAGCCUAAAAUUGUUGACGCAGGUGCUGAUGUUGAAGCGCACGUGGACGGAGUUGCCAACAAACCAAAAAGACAGAAUGGAAAUGGGGAUGUAAUGCCAGAUAAUGGCCUUGGUAAUGCGAACGAUGGAUUUGAAGAGGAUUCUACUAACAUUAAUGAUUUUCAAGGUCCAGAGAAACCGACCACGGCAAUGCAGGCCCAAUAUGGUCCAUAUGCCGAAGUCGCUGAUCGAAUUGAGGAGCAGGGUGCUGAGAGCGCACAGAUUGAGGACCCUCGGCCGGAGUUCGCUACUUAUGCAGAAGUUGGACGCUUUGGUGCACCCAGUCUUGGGGUGGACGUUCGUCCAAAAGACACUGUGAACCCUGAUUCAAAACCCGACAAAAAGAAAACGAAGAAGGGUGACAAACCGGACAAAAAAGCUAAAACAAAAUCAAAUCCAUUUUCGAAAGUAAAUAAGAAGAAAAAAGGUGAUAAACCGAAAGGUGCUAAAGACCAUGUAUUUCGUCCUAAACCACGUGCCUAUGAUUAUAUUGAUGCCGAGUUCCAGCUGAAGGAUACUGCUCCAAGUGGCAGAUCUCGGGUUUGCUCACCGUACGCGGAAGUAGACUUGGCUUCGCUUUCAAGUUCUGGUGCCGCUGAUGCUCGUGCAAGGACGCCCGUGCCACCUGAGGAUAACACAGAGGGCGAUGUCUACAACAGACUUAAUUUCCCAAUGUUGAAAAAAGGUGCUAGAAGCUUUGUACAAAAACCGCAAAAUCGGACAUAUGAUUGCGUUAAUUUGGACAAAUACCCAAACGUACAAAAUGAGAACCCGUAUGAGGAUUGUGGGGACCCAGCCGCCGAUACACAAUCUGUGGACAUUGACAAUCCGUACACUGAGGAAGCCCCCGUUUCGAACAAAGAUGGCACUGCUGAUAAUCCUUACGCAGAGGCCAUUCCUAUUUCUGGAAAACCUAGCACUAGUACAAUGUGGGACGAGGGGCCAGAGGAGUUGGUAUAGGAGUCAUACCAGCGUCCUGCAUCCAUGGUUUUGCCCCUCCCUAUUCCUCGCUCCGUUGGGGAGUGAUGCGAUGGAAUGAAGCCAUGGAUGCCGCAACCUUAUGUUUAUGGAUUGGGCUACACUGACAACACAGAGCAAAUAAAAAUACUUAAAAGUAAAUGUCAACGUCCUUUUGGGCCACUGUGCGAAAACUAGUUGGUCGAUUUCUUCAAAAUUAGUUUUUUCUUCAAUCUAAUUGUGAGGUCCAAGAGGAUUUUUACAUUUCAGUAACUAUGGUUACGAAAUACUACUUUGUGUGUUUUCGUAAACCUACCACCAAGCAUAGAUUACUUGCAAUAGUACUGGCAGUGAAAGGUCUCAGAAAAAUGUGUUGUUCAAGUUAUCAUAUUUCAAACUUCUAAGUGUUCAAUCAUCACGGGAGAUAAUCAUGAUGAUUCUGAAAUAAACAAUUAAGGUAUUGUGUAUAAAUUAACUAGGCCUAUAAUGAUAUUCAAGAAAUAAUUGUCUUAACAGAAGACUGAAAGGGAGACGAUAGACAGGAGCUUUUGUGAUUGAUUAAUACAAGAUAAGUAACCAAUAGAUGUCUCUACUGUCUUGCAGUUCGUCAGAAAAUUUCACGCUUAAGAAUACCAGACAAGGUCGUCAACAAGGAAGUUUGUUUGUGUCUCGCGUGGCAACAUGUCUGGGUCCUAGAAUUUCUCCUUAUAUGGAAAUUUUACAUUACCAGUGGCAUUCAAAAGCCUUCCUGGUCUAUUUUAGAUAAGAUUGGUCAUAUAAUGUUAGAAUGAAGGGCGGUCUUGCCUAAUUUUAUUAGACUAGUUUGAUUCAUUCGCUUGCUUCAAGACAUUCCUCAUUUGGGCGUGCGGGGGUUGUUUGGUAUUGCCGAGAUGUUUUUCUGGGCAUAUCAAAGUGUGGUGGUUCUCGUGUAGAGCUGAUGGUAGACCCAACAUCAUAUGCUAGAAAUAAAUAUCUUGAAAUCAUGUUCACGCAUAACAUUUUUACUCAGUUGCUGAUGUUCAAUUUCGAUGAAUUUUAUUUUUUAUAUUCAGAAUUUAUUAUAUUUUACGUACAUGUACCUAUUUUAUUAUCGGAAAAUAAAAUGCAUACGACUGUGAUAUUAUGUUCGUGCUCAGUAUAGUCAUUGCGAGCUUUGUAAGACUGAUGUUCAGAACUAAAAGUGAGAUAUCGAAUCUGUCAGUAAGUGUCCUUGCCAGGCCACUCUCUCCACUCCUAGUGUCACUCGAGAGUCAACGCAAUGGGCAAUUUCCUCUCGCCGACAGUAAUUGGCCUUUUAAAGAGCAUCAUCAAGUCGCACCAUGUCUUAAAGGCCUAUGGUACAUUGAAUGUGAUUUUGCUACACAUUGUACUUGAACCAUGGCAGCAUGACAGGAAAUGCUACUUUCGACAGAAUCAAAAACCCAAAUCCACCAGUUUCCUCCCGGCAUUUCCUGCAUGGCGAAUGCCAAUUCUGAUCUGAGAGGAUAUCACGAUUUCCU